CACUACGUAUCUCCGAACUUUUGCACGGAUUCUUUGCUUUUGGAUAUAUCUGAACUGCAACUUUGUGAAAUUGACAUCCAACAACAGUGAUGGGUGGAGCGGUGAGUACAGGGGAAGACAAUGAUGAGCUAGUGGAUAACUUGGUGGGUGCUGAAUACAUAAAAACUUCCAUGGUAGAGAAAGUAUUCCGGGCUGUGGACCGGGCCAACUAUUAUCUGCCUGACCAGCGAGGAAAUGCCUACAAGGAUCUGGCAUGGAAACAUGGACACCUCCACCUGUCUGCUCCAUGUAUUUACUCCGAGGUGAUGGAGUCCCUUCUUCUAGAACCUGGGAAAUCUUUCCUCAAUUUGGGAAGUGGUACAGGUUAUCUAAGCACAAUGGUGGGACUUAUACUUGGUCCCUAUGGAAUUAACCAUGGCGUGGAAUACCACACAGAUGUGAUCGAAUAUGCACAGAAGAGACUGGAAGAGUUCAAACUAAAGUGCAAGACUUUUGAUGAUUUUGAGUUUUGUGAGCCCAGGUUUGUCCAAGGGAACUGCCUCCAGAUUCCUUCCAGUUGUCGUCUGUAUGACCGGGUAUAUUGUGGUGCCUCUUGUCCUCCUGAACACGAGAACUACAUGAAGAAUCUGUUGGCUGUAGGGGGAAUACUUGUAAUGCCAAUUAAUGAUCAGCUUUUGCAGAUUCGUCGUACCGGGGAGACAGCGUGGGAGAACAAGGGUGUUAUGACUGUAUCAUUUGCAGCACUGAUUUUUCCUCUGAAGGAGGAGUUGGAGGAUACUGUAGAGCUGCCGGAGGCAAACAUUCCAAUCCUACAGGGUAUUUGCCGGGAUGGCAUCCGGAGAGUACUUCGUACCAAUAUAUACAAAGAACAUCCAUCUUUAAAUGCAAUCCGAAAGCGACCUGCCAAAAAAGAGAAGGUGAAACGCCAGAGAAGGAAGCACAUUAACAUGGUGCCGAUGAGUAUGGGAAUGAUGAUUCUGGGCCAGUUUGAUGGGAGCGAUGAGAGUGAUGAUGACAGUAUUGGUAAUCAUCAGAGUCGACCAUGUAGGGACGAGGAGAAUAUCUCUGGGUCAGACAAAGAACAAGAGGGGUCAGAUGAGGAGGGAAGGCAUCGCCAAAGGUGUGCUCAUCAAGGAAUGGAGGAGGAUAUAGAGGAAAGCAUAGAAGAGGAGGAAGAGGAGGAAGAGGAGGAUGAGGAUGAGGAAGAAGAGGAAUUUGAAACCACCGGUAGGAGGAGAGCUACAGCACGACAGACAUUACAUGAACUCGCUACAAGGCUAAAUGAAGUCAGGACGCGUUUAAAUGUCCAGAGACAACUGGACCAAAUGUCGAGGCGACAACCCAAUGAGGAAGAGGAGGAAGAUACAAGACAUGAAGAAAAGGGUGAAGUGAAAGGGGAGAAAGAGACUGAGUGUGAAAAUGAUAAUGAUGAAGGACAUUUGGAGGAUAGUGAGGAAAAUGAGGAGGAAGCAUUACAAGAUAAGAUUGAUGAACAGGGUUCUCUUGAGGACUUGGAGAAAGAAGAUAUGGAGCUAGAUUUUACAGACAUGCUUCCUCUUCCUCCUUUUCCAUGUUCUAGUGGCAGUCCCCCGCACAAGCAACGCUACUCCUCCAGUACAAGUGUGGACACCUCUGAAACAUCUGGCAUUGGCUCUCUCUCAGAGGCAUCAGCCAUUGGCUCUCUGGGAGAGGACACAAUUCUAAUGCAGGCUAUGAGCUCGUCCUCUUCUCAAGGUAGCAGAGCAGAUGGCAGUCCGGAGGAGUCUUUCAUGGACAGUAUAAAACAACCCACAAAAUGUAUAGAUACAGUUCCUAAGGAGUGUGUUAAAACUUACAUGAAGGAGAAAAUCAACUUACUGCCCCUCCCUGAGGCCCUGAAGGCCUUUCUCAUGUACUACAGAGACUAAUGUUUGACUGGAGUGGCCUCCCUUGCUCCCUAGUCAAAGUCAUGUAGAUAAUACAUACAUUUCUGAUAAUACAGUUUAAGCUUGACACUGAAAUCUUCAUGCAGUGUUGUAAGUUUUACUGCAAAUAUUCAGACUCCAAAACAAUGACAGAAAAGACAGAAAAAGUGUUUUGUUUAGAACAGAACUUGUUGAUAAAGCAUUUACAUGUACAGAGAUUGUUGGGACAAUUAUACAUAUAUACACAAUACAGCCACAGGUACUGAUCUCAGUUCACCUGUAGGUUGGCUAUUGUAUGUGAACAUCCCAGGAGAAAUAAUGGUGACUUCUGUGUGUAUCAACAGUAGUACUUGUGGUUACAGAAACCCCAUUCAAUUUCCUGUUGACAGUUUUUUUAAGAUUUGUAUUUAUUUGAAGACUGGUGCCAUGAUCAUGUGAUAUGAAUUAACCUAUAGAUUUGCCGAUUAAGUAACAUUUGCAUUAGUUUACCUGGUCUGAAAAACCAGUGAGCUUUUAAAAUGGCACUGCAGCCAUCAACUUUACAGCCAUCCAGCAACUUAUUUUUAAAAAAAAUUGCUUUCAUUCAUAAACGACUGUGUGGAUUUUGACCAAAUUUGGUCAAAAGCAUCCUUUAGGGAGCAAGUUAUGUAAAUGGUGGUUUACAGCCCCUGGCUCCUCAAAGGCAAAGAUGGGAAAUUUAGCAAGUUCUUUAAAAUCCUUCUUCUGCAGGAAUGCUUGAAGUCUGUACCAGUUUGAUGUGAAGCAUCCUUGGAUAAAGGGGGACCAAUUUUGUAAAAAAAAAUGGUGGGUCUUUGACCCCUGGGGCAGGAGAGGCAGGUCACAAUAUGGCAAUUACAGCAAAUUCAUUAAAAUCCUACUCCUCCUGGGUGAAGGGAAAUCAAUUUUGCAUAAUGGUGGAUUUCCAUCCCCUGGGGCAGGGCCCAUGAGGGAACUUCUUUUAUGGAAAUGCCUUGAUUCUGUCUGCAUUGGUGAGAAACAUACCCUGGUUGAAAGUAACCCUAUUUUGUAUAAACCAGAAUCAGACCCCCACCCUAGGGACAAGAUUUCUGAAAAUUCUUCCUCUGUUCAAUCAUAUUGUCGACAUUUGGUCUGAAGCAUUCUUGGAUGAAAGAGACUCAGUUUUGUAUGUUCUAACUUGGACCAUAAGGCUGACUUUAUAACUGAAUUAGCCAGGUGAGCAGUACGAGCCCCAUUGGCCUCUUGUUUGCUAUAUAGGAAGUUGUUCAUCUAUAGCAUAAACUGCAAAUUUUCCUUUUGAAGGAGAUGCUAGUUUGUCAAUAUAUGGUUGAAUUGCAAUUGAAAUAUCACAGCUUGGUGUGGUAGAUGUGGAACAUCAAUAAUUCAAGCUUCAACAUAGCCUGGACACACACGACUGUUGUCUCUAUCAUCACUGGUCACUAAUGUGACGUAGACAAUGACAUCAGGAUACUUAAUGAUGUACUUAGAUUUCAGAGAAGUUAGAGACAAGAUGUCAAUGUGUCCAUGGAUGUUGCACUAUAUUAGCAAGAUCCUACUGAAUUAAUUUGGAAUAUAUUACACAGAUAACAUUGAUUUAGUAGUAUUAUCUGUAUAUGUACCCAGUACACAGUUUCUUUGUGAUGUAUGUAAGCAAACAACAAAAGUUUUAGACUGUGAUAUUUUCCCAUUUGUUGAAAAAAAUGUAUAUUGAAUUAUUAAAGUAAUAUGUAUACAGCACUGAAGUAUAAUUUUUCAUGCAAUGUGUUAAUUUAAAUGUGCAUAUCCCAGAAAAGUUGUAUUUAAUUUCUUCAAGUAUCUGUUGUAUCUAUAUUGACAUGACUGGUUUUUCCCAAACAUUACCAUAUUUAUCCAGAAAUAGACCCAUACAAGGUGAUAAGCCCGCGGUGUAUCCAUUACAUUGUAAGUUAAAGUACCAGCAAAUGCUAUUUCAAAAUCUCUAAAAUAAGACAUGCACCCGGCUACUUCUGUCAUAGGUAUGUGUUUUGGCCCUGGUCUUAAUUGCAUACAUGUAUAUAGAAGAUGAAUUAGGUGUUUUCAUUGCUAAAUGUUAAAAAAACAUUGUUUGAUAAUUAUAACGAUGAUAAACCCAUUUGACAAAGGUUGAAUACUGAAGGGUUUUCCCUGGUCUUACCUACUCUGGUUAUGUGGAGAAGAUAGCUUUACAUGUAUAAGAUACAUGUUGAAAUGUUUCGUUGGUUUUAGUUUAAAAGUUGUGCAUUCAAGAUAUACAGUAAACCAUUAACAUCAAUGAUAGUGUGCAGUGUUCACCUAAAUCUCUGUAAUACUAUUCACCUGUUCUUGAUGAAAUUUCUUAUUUCAAAAUUUUGAAACUGACAUCAGAAUGCUUCUCCAUCUAUACAACAUUUUUUAUGAAUAUAAAUGUCAGUUUUACUGGCCUAGUCAUCUUCUUUGAUUUCUAUUGACUUCAGAUGAAAUGUUUUUGCAUUUCUUUAUUAAUACUGCAUUUCUUUGUCUAUAUAUAUUCUUCUGAAUGUUUUCAUUUUCAAUGUAAUAAAAUUUCAUACCUAUGCAAAUAUAUGUAUCUGCAUAAGAUUUUCAAACAUGUAUACUAGAUUAUAUAACCCUUUAAUUGCUUUUGUCUCCAAUUAGCUUUGGUUUUAAUAGCAUUGUUCAUUUACAAACAUGCAUGUUUCAUUCAAUGUGAUGAAUGCUUCAUUUCUUGAAACCAUAAUUUUGCUUCUCCUCAUAUGAAUAAUUCUGUUAUAGAAAUGUGGCAUAAAAUCUUCAAUAUCUAUCAUUUUUAAGUGUGAAAGAUUCAUUUUGGUCGAGUUCAAUUAAAAUUGCAUUCUUUUAGCAUAAUGCAAUGGUGAACCAUAUGACACCUGUAAUUAUGGAUGAGAUACCUAAACACCUGGCCGGAAGGGAUUAUAGUGGCUUACAAUACAUGAGAGUAGAAUUAAAUAAAUACCAAUACUUUCCAGUGAUGGAAAAUCAUUUAAAAUCCAGUAUUGAUUAUCCACGAAAAAAAAAUUAUAAAGGGUUUUCAGUGUAAUUAAUCCAUUUUUCCAUUGAAUAUUUUCUGUGUAACUUAAACCUUAAAAAACCGACUUACCCAGAAUUUCCAAAAGAAUGAAUAUUAUUGGCAAGUGCUGUCUUUAUAUUUCAUAAUGAGAAUGUGGUUUCAACUAAAACAAAAUGAUAAAUUAUUGCAGGAAAAUUUACCAUUGACUGGGCAUACCAGAUGCAGUUAAAGGAUAAGAUAAGAUUGGUUUUAUGUCCAAUCACUAAUACUUUAGCUAGCUUUAAGUGAUUAUGAAAUUCAUAGGGUACAGUGUAUGUAUGUUUUAGAUUUGAAUUGUAGGAUCAACAUAUGUUCAUGCUAUUUAACGUGAAAGUUCUUGUUCGUGAGAAAAAAAGAAUCAUACUUUUGUAGAUUAUAUUGCAUGGCAAACCUAACAUACAGCUAUAAUCCUAUUUCUCCUUUGAAUAAAAGCUGUUUUUUGACACAAGUUAUCUUCGUUAAGAUUCCAUAGGAGGUGUGACUAGACAGGUUCAUUGUAAUCUGAAAUCUACAUCCCUGAUUUAGUUGUUCAUUCUGCCAUAUUUUUAUGCCCCCGCCAUAAAAUUGGGAGGGCAUAUAACAUUGCCCAUGUCUGUCCCGUUCUGCCGUGGUUCAGUUUAAUGUUAGCACCUAGCAAGUUCAUUUGCUGGACAGAUUUUGGUCAAACUUUGCACAAAGGUUAAUUAUGAGUAAACUUCAGACACCUUUUGUUGUGGGUGAUCAAGACCAACGUUACGCUUACUAUAUAUAGAAAAUCAUUGACCAAUUCAAUUUAAAGACUUAGCAACUCAUUACUUUAUGGAAUUUGGUUGAACUAGUAUACUUUGGACAUCGUACAUUGUUAUGUUUCAGAGAUACAAGGCCACAGCCUUGGUGGUGGAGGCAUUUAUGUCUUGCAGAUACUUUGUGGUUUUUUUAAGACCAUUAGUUGGCAAGAGAAGACUAUGUUGAUGUAAUUUUAUUUAAUGCUAGAUGUAUGUGUUCUCCACAUGGAAACGUCUACUGUGAACAGAAUCUGUUUCUGUCAUCAGAAACAUAUGCCUUAAAUGUUUACAAAAAUUACAUUUCAAAUGUCCAGCCCUAUUUUACAAAUGUUCUUUAACUUAAAAUUUUUGGAUAAAAAAACCCCCAGAAUUCUAGGUGUAAGAGAAUUCUCUCUUAUGUAUGCAUUAUUGUUGAAUCGGUUUAAGUUGAAGAAUAUUUGGAAAAUCGAGUCACAUUCUAGAAAUAUGAAUUUGACGUGUUAAUGUAAUUGGGAUAAAGCCAAAACUUGUCCAAGUGUAAAUAAGCUGAGAAAAUGAGAAUUCCUUUGUCGUUGGUUACCCUGUUCCCUUAUUCUUGUUGAUAUUUGGACUUUUUCAGCAUUGCCCUAAUGCAAUAAAUACGACUGUGUAAAGAUUGUUAAAUAUGUUGUACAGUGUAAACAUUAAACUUCUUGCAGUCAGAA